GCUUGCCAGGGCGGAGACAUGCGGCUGUCAUGAAGGCGAGGGCGUACUACGCUCUCGUGGGGUUCCUGCUGCUGGGAUUUGGUAACGGGGCAGGCGCAGCGGGAAGCGGCGCGUGUCUCCCCCUGCCGGCGGUCAUGUCGGCGUCGGGCAAGCCGUCCCCCUGGAGCGAGAAGGGCGCUGGCGAGCACGUGUUGGACGAGGCCACGAUGGCGGCGCUCUGCCUGGGAGACCACGUGGCGCGCUUGCUCAUCAGGGCGGUGCAGGUGGAGAACAGCUGCAGCGUGCUCUGCACCCCGGCGCGGGGGCAUGGCUACCAUGUGAACAUCACGGACGGUCUCUCGUGCGGCGUCGAGAAGGUUUGCAUUCGAACCGAGUGCCGCCGGCAGCCUUCUGUGACCGAGUCAGACCUGUGCAAGAGUGUGCACCCAUACCAGGCAUCGCAGGCCUCGGGAUACGACGAAUGCCAAUUCCUAUGCUACGUGAAACACCGGCGGACACCGUAUCGCUACUGCCGGCCACCAGGUACCGCAUGCACCAAGAACAGUGGGAGGCCGGGAACGUGCAACGUCCUGGGAUACUGCAUGAGCAACGUGUGAAACCUCGCAGGGAUGGCUGUCAAGUCCCAAAUAAACGAAUGUCUUG